AUGGAACCCGGAGGAGCUCCUAAGCUGACUUUGCGGGUCGCCAAAAUACAACAGCCCCCCGAAGACGACGAAUAUGGCGCCGACAAGCCCGAGGGCUUCUGGCUCGAGCUCUUCCUCCUGAGGCCGGAGAGGGCGAGCCUGCGCAGGCUGCUGGACGGGCUGUCGGCGGGCGAGCUGCUGCAGCUCGAGGAGCAGACGCGGCAGCUCUUUGCGCGGGCCGUGGGCGCGCUCAAGGGCACGACGGGCGGGGCGCAGCAGGAGGUCGCCGAGGGGCAUGCUCUAGAGCUCCGACAUCAUCGCCGUGCUGGCGGGGCUGGACCACGUCGACACGAUCUUCUCGGAAUUUGUGGGUUCUCUGGAUGGGAUAAUACGGAAUGGGAAGAGCUUGGAACUACGGCAAAAGGCCGUCGAGACGGCCCUGGCGGUCACGUCUGGCGCGUACCAGACGAGUCUGUUGACGUACUUUAUACAGAGGGAUAUGUUUCCCGCCAUCAUGAAGGUGAGAGGAGUCUUCAGGACAUGGUGUGGCAUGGAGGUCCAGAUACUGACAAAGGAUCUGCUCAGUUCAUACAAGAAACGGAUACGCCGAUACGAGUAUUCCAGCCGUUUACCCUGCUCGGCUUGUUAGCAAACUACAACAAGUUUGAGUUUCAGAACCCAUAUCAGCUACGGCUGAACGACUUUGUCAACGAGGCCACGAUACAGACUGUCGUCCGCAGCGUCGGAUACACGUGCCAGAGGUUACGGGCGCAGUAUGUGGACAUUCAAGAGGACUUGCCGGAAGGAUGGACGCUAGCGAGCACACUCAACAUGAUAGGGUUGGGUGCCAUCGCUCCAGGGCCUAGGCCGGAGAAGAAGGUGGUAUACGAUGCCGAGACGGCGAAGCAAAUGUUCACCAAACUCCCCGGGGAAGAAGCUGCUCUUUUACUAGCGACCUACGAUUUCAGUCACGCAAACAAGCUCUUCUGCUUCAACCUCAUGACCCUCAAGGCCGACAAGGGCGAGGAGCAGCCCUUCGCCAGCUACCUCUCCCUGACGUCGUACCUCCUCCAGCACGCGCACCUAUCCCAGCGCGCCACCGUCUACUGCCACCUCAACCUCAUGGUCUUCCGCCUCCUGAUCGAGGACCCGGUGCUGUGCAAGCGCAUGUGCAGCGACGAGGGCAAGGCGGCCGUGCGCCUCUGCCGCCAGCGCCAGCCGCACCUGCCGGCCGUGCGCACGGAGCGCGUGCUGGCGGCCAGCCUGCUCGACACCAUGAUCGACGGCAUCAACCACAACCUGCGGCGGCGGCUCGACGUGGGCCUGUACGCGCUCUGCGUGGGCAUCCUGCUGCGCGCCGUGUCGUACAUGUCGCGGUCGCGCACGCGGCUGCAGUACCACUGGGCCGAGCUGUUCCGGUCGCUGCUCGGGCUCGUCCGGUUCCUGACGACGUACGCGGCCGACCUGCGGGACCUGCCGCACGUCGAGACGCUGCUGGACCACGUGGUCAACCUGCUGGCGCUGGGGCUCAGCGCCGGCGAGGCCUUCCUGCCGACGCCCGCGGCGUACGACGACCUGUUCUACAAGGUCGUCGAGGCCGGGGACGUGCUGGUCAAGUUCCGGGACACGUACGGCCUGGCGGACAGGCCGAGCAACAGCAUACACACGCUCGUCAGCGUGAGCGCGCACUACAAGCAGAUGCUGGCGGAGGGGACGGCGAAGGGCGGCAAGGGCGGGCGCGUGGUGGGCAAAGGGGGCACGCUGACGAGCCUGCAGGUGGCCGAGGUGAUCAAGCAGGGGUACGAGACGCUGAGCAUCCAGGCCAAGGAGGGGCUGGACAGCUGGGAGCGGUACCGGGAGGCGGACGAGAGGACGGUGCUGAAGAGGAUGGCGCGGACGGCGGUGGGGGACGUCAAGGUGCUGAUUGGGUGA